AUGGACCGCAACAGCGAGAAGCUGGGCGUCGACCAGAUCGACGACACCACCGCGUACCCGUCCGACUCUAACAUCCUUGACCAUGAGUUCACGCCGGCCGAGCAGAAGCGCAUCAUCCAGCGCAUCGACCGCCGACUCGUCACCACUGUUGGCUUCAUGUACUGCGUGUCCCUGAUGGACCGCACCAAUCUCGGCGCUGCUGUUAUUGCCGGUAUGGGCACGGAGCUGAAGCUUAUUGGGGACCGUUACUCUAUCAUUACUCUCCUUUUCUUCGUGACCUACAUCAUAUUCCAGCCACCUUCGACUGUCAUCUGUCGUUCUGUGGGUCCGAGGUUCCAUCUCGCUGCUAUUACUCUCCUCUGGGGCGCAUGCAUGAUCGGCAUGGGAUUUGUGAAGAAAUGGGACCAACUGGCCGGGCUGAGAGUGAUAUUGGGUCUGCUCGAAGCUGGGUUCUUCCCCAGUUGCGUUUACCUUCUCAGCACGUGGUACACAAGAUAUGAGAUGGGCAAGCGCUAUGCGGUCUUUUACCUCCUGGGUUGCGUCGCAUCCGCCUUCGCAGGCAUCCUGGCCUAUGGACUCAUGCAGAUGAACGGCCUGGCAGAUCUGACCGGCUGGCGCUGGAUCUUCAUCAUCGAGGGCACCCUCACCUGCCUCAUCGGGAUCUCCGGCUACUGGCUCCUGGUUGACUUCCCAGACUCCAAGAGGAAGUCAUGGCGAUUCCUCCCCGACCGCGAGCGCGCCUGGGUCGUGGCACGCGUCAAUGCCGACCGCGGCGACGCGAAGAUCCACGCCUUCUCGAUGGCCAACUUCCUGCGCGGCGGCAUGGACUGGAAGAUCUGGGCGUACGCACUGAUCUUCUUCAACACGACCACCAUCACCUACGCGCUUGCCUACUUCCUUCCCGUUAUCUUGAACGAGUCCCUAGGCUUCGAGGUCGGCGCCGCGCAGUGCCUGGUAGCACCACCGUACGCCUUCGCCGGCUUCGUCAUGUUUGGCACCGGCUGGCUCGGCGACAAGUACAGGGUCAGGGGCGUCCCCAUCCUCAUCAACAUGACCUUCUGCAUCAUCGGCCUGCCCAUCAUGGGCUUCCACCCCAACCCGUCCGUUAGGUACUUUGGCGUGUUCCUCGUCACUGCCGGCGCGAAUUCGAACGUGCCUGCGACCAUGUCUUACCAGGCCACCAACAUCCGUGGUCAGUGGAAGAGGGCCUUCUGCUCUGCUACGCUGGUCGGAUUCGGUGGACUUGGCGGCAUCGCUGGAUCCUUGGUCUUCCGAAACCAAGACAAGCCUUCGUACCACCCAGGCUUGUAUGCCUGCAUUGCUUGCACACUGCUCAACAUUAUCCUGGUCGGAAUCCUCACGGUCUAUUUCAGGAUUGAGAACCGCCGGGCGGACCGCGGCGAGAAGGAGCUGGAAUCCAACGACGAGGAUUUCCAGCCUGGGUUCCGGUACACGUGGUAG